CUUCGCCACCUUAGUCAAGAAUGCCUAGACCAGUACACAGCUGAGGCUGCAAGUCUUGGCCAACGGGUGGAGGAAAACAGACGUCAUCUUCGCGAAACAGUAGAACAGCGUCGCAAAAUGGAGCUUUUACUUUUGGAAGCACGCACAGAUGCGGCGGCAGCAGUAGCCUCAACCACUCAGUACGAUGUAACCGUCAAUGAGGCUGAUGCAUCCAUGGACCUUGCUCCAUCUGCUUCAGGAGCUGAGUCUGCCAGUAAUCUCUCUUUGGUUGUGUUUUCUGAAAACUCUGCUGCCAAUAUAACUGAGACGAAUCCUGGCAGAUUUCUUCAUGGUCACCAAAAAUGA